AUGGAGGCUGCGGUGGGGGAAGCGAGGGGUCUCGGCUUCCCCUCCCAUCGCCGCACCACUCGUCCGCUAGCUCCCCACGCAGGCGGAUUCGGAUGGAGGCGGCCGUCGCCGGGCACGACGACUCCACCCAGCUCCUCCGCACCCUUCUCCCCCUUCGCCAAGAAGCUGGACUGCGCCGGCAGCGCCGGCUCCCCCACCCCCAAGAAGGCACCCCGCAAGGUCCCCAAGACGCCCCACAAGGUGCUGGACGCGCCGUCCCUGCAGGACGACUUCUACCUGAACCUCGUCGACUGGUCCUCGCAGAACAUGCUCGCCGUCGGCCUCGGCACCUGCGUCUACCUCUAG